GCUGCCUUCCCGAACUCCUCGUGCAUUAUGGCGCCGCUCAUUUCGCAGCAUUCCUUAAAGCGAACUCGGGGCAGUCCGGAUUUCGGGCAAAUACAAAUAAAUAAAGGCAUAAGUGGACUACGGAGACGGUGUGUUUUGUGUGUAUUAUCAGGGAGCACCUUUUUUUAAUGGAAGCUAUUGCUAAAGUCAGCGUAAAAACACCGUGGAGAUGAAACGGGUUAAAAAAUGAGUAUACUGACUUGAUUUGGCUUGCUUAGUGAGCUGUUGUAAUGUCUUUAGAGAUAUGCUAUGCACAAGCGUUCCGCAAGAAGCAUAGAAGGUUUUACUUUUACUUAUCCAUGGAGCCAAGAUUUCUUUUGUUGUUGUUAUUGGAAAGAUAGUUUUAUUUUUCGUUCAAGCAUUUUUCGCAAGAAUCCUGAAUAUCGCAUAAUCGUCGCCAUUUUUCUUUUUGUAAAACGAACAAAUUAGCUUUCAUGUAGAGACAGCUCCGAAUACUGGGUUUUCAGACUCUGUUACACAGAAUCCACAUUGUCUCAACACGUGGAGCAGAUGCACAGAUCUAGCAAACUGAGUCCGUGGUAAAAACUAUACUUAAGCGCAAACAGAUGUGCCUUUAUAGUGCAGAAGAUGCUUACGCGGAAGCAAGCCCAACUGAGUUUAGUAAAACUUCUAGAAUACAAAACAAUUGGUAAAAUUGGCGAGGGAACAUUUUCUGAUGUUCUGAAGGUACAAAGUUUAAAAGAUGGGCAAUAUUAUGCAUGUAAACAAAUGAAACAGCAUUUUGAAAGUAUUGACCAUGUGAACAAUCUGAGAGAGAUACAAGCUCUAAGGCGACUGAAUCCACAUCCAAAUAUCCUUACGUUGCAUGAAGUGAUCUAUGACAAGAAAGCUGGUGCUGUUGCAUUAAUAUGUGAACUUAUGGAUAUGAACAUUUAUGAACUGAUCAAAGGGAGAAAAAAACCAUUGCCUGAAAGGAAAAUAAUGAGUUAUAUGUACCAGUUAUGCAAGUCUCUUGAUCACAUGCACAGGAAUGGAAUAUUUCACAGAGAUGUGAAACCAGAAAAUAUAUUAAUAAAGCAGGAUCUUCUGAAACUUGGGGAUUUUGGAUCCUGUAGAAGUAUACAUUCCAAACAACCCUAUACAGAGUACAUUUCUACACGCUGGUACAGGGCACCUGAAUGUCUUCUCACAGAUGGCUACUACAGUUACAAAAUGGACAUGUGGAGUGCUGGCUGUGUGUUCUACGAAAUUGCAAGUUUCCAUCCACUCUUUCCUGGAUCUAAUGAACUGGACCAAAUAUCAAAAAUCCAUGAUGUUAUAGGUACUCCUCCUAAGAAGACUCUCAAUAAGUUCAAGCAGUCGCGAGUGAUGAGCUUUGAUUUUCCCAUCAGAAAGGGGAAAGGAAUCUCUCCAUUUAUGCCUAGUUUGACCAACAAGAGCUUAACUCUUAUGUAUGCAAUGAUUCAAUAUGAUCCUGAUGAGAGAAUCUGUGCUCAUGAAGCACUACAGCACCCUUACUUCAGAGAGUUGAGGUUGGCAGAGAAACAAGCUUUGACCAUACGCAGAAAAAUGAGAUUAACAGAAAACCCUUCAGAAAGAGAGAGUCUCAGCUUGCAUCGUAUUUCAAAGGAGGAUCAAAGGCAGAACUUCCUUAGGAAAGCCCAGGAGAAUCCACUGGGAUGUCAUGGAUUUCCCUACACAGUGGAGUUGCCAAAACUGACUGUUCCUGCAGUAACCAACUUGACUUCUUACCCUAAUCCUCCAUUUCAGUCAGUUUUUACCCUCCCAGCAACCAACGGACAAGUCCAAGUGUUGCAGCCUAUAACAUAUUUUGGGACACAUCGCAAGUCUGAAAGACAGAAGGAAUUUAAAUCUCCUGUGAAACAGUACCACUUGCCUGCUCUGGAAAAAAGAGGCGGAGGAUAUUGAUGAACUAAGAAAUCCCUUGUGCUCUCCAAUACUCUUAAAAGGUACACCAACAGCAAUAGUGCCUUAUCUUCUCAAAUGCUGCAGCAAGAUGCUACAGGUUUUUUGGUACUUUUCUUUUUAAGAAAAGGAGCCAUCUACAUACACACCAUUUUUGUAACAUAUUUCAAUUUGAUUUUUUUAAAGCUCUAUAUACAAUUUUAUUUCCUCUUAAGUGGGUCAUUUGUUCAAUUGUGCUACACUGAUAGGAAUGAAAUUGUUACUGCUUUUAUAUUAAAUACUAUAUAGUGCUUAUUUAUGAAGUGUUGAAACUCAAUUUGUGUAUUUUUGCAAAUGUGACUGUAGAAAUGUAAUCAAAGCAACAGGUAGGUAUUUGGUAGUUUCAGAACCUGAGUCUUGUUAGUAUCUUCUGGAAUAUGUUACACCCGAUUUGAGUGUAAUCUUGUGUAAAUAUUUUUUUAAAUUAUGUGGAUGGGCAGAUUAUUUCUGUAUUGAUUAUUCAUCGGAUUAAGUCAGUCUUGCUGCUGUUCUCAAUGUUUUCCUACAGUCUGGAAGUUUGAAUGGUGUAAACAUGCGUUAUGAGUUGAAGUAUGAUUUGUCAUGUGGACGUAGCUCAAUACAGUUUGAUUUCAAGGAA